AUCAUAAAAUGAUGAUUAUUUAUUAUACAACUAGUAUUUUAUUGUUAAAUCCGAGUUCAUGUUUUAUUAUUUUGCACGAAUUUAGUUUAUAACAAGAAUACCAUACACAUACUUUUUACAGUGUACAUGUUUCGUCAAUUCUACUGUGUAUUGGUGUUUACUGAAAUUAGCACCACCCGUGUCCAAAGUGCGAAUGAAUUAAAGAUUUCAUUAAGAAUUGACUGCGAUGUAAAAGUGGCAAUGGGAUUUUGAGGCUCCUGAAUUGACAGUAAACAUGGUGAUGUACACUCAUGUCUACCAGCGCAAACUCUGAGAAGGAAAUGGGUAAUAGAUUUCCCAGACAACACUAAUUUGGGAUUUGUCUUGUAUCUAUUUUGGAGUGAUCCUUGAACAUUAAAGACAGGGCCGACUGAAAAUAAUGCUCUUGAACGGGCAUUUGUGUCUCAAUUUGGAUUAUGGUUUUGGCCUAUUCUUUUAUAAUUAUGAAAAUGAGAAAGCAUAAUAUCUGGAUUAUGCCAUAAAUCUUUCAAAACAUGGGAUGCAUUUUCACAAAGCCUGAAAGAAAUGGCAGAAACCGCAGGAUAUUCAGAGUGUACAACGUGGACGAGCACGGGGAAGAAUUGAACAAUGGGAAAAUUGAGGUGACAGAAUCGGACCUAAUUCUUUAUCACCGUCAGAAGGAGAUUCGAUGGCCGCUACGUUGCCUGAGGCGCUACGGAUGGGAAGAAGAACUGUUUUCAUUUGAAAGUGGCCGCCGAUGCGCCACAGGACCUGGAAUUUUCGCUUUCAAAUGUCAGAGAGCAGAAGUGUUGUUCAACACAGUGCAGGAGUCUAUUCGAAGGGCGGGACAAAGUGAUCCACCUGCCAAUCCUUUGGGAGAUACUCAUAGCAAUAGCCGCCCCCCAUCCAUGAUUGAAAUCCCCGAUUUCCAAAACAGGGAUGAUAACCAAAGAAACGGAAUGGAAAGAAACGGAAAUCCACAUGUCCCCCCGAACACUGAGAAUUAUGUGAACCAAUCGACUGUCGAUAUUAGAAAUCAGUAUGAGAACACCAUGCCCCCUGCUAAUGCUACUCAGAGUAUCUUUGAUAUCCUACACAUGGACAUCCCCCCACAGAGUCGGGAUCAGCCCAAUAUCAACUACACGGACCUAGUGUUCACGUCAAGUGAUGACAGCUUGUGUAAUAAUGAGAAUGGUGGUCUGGAGCCCGAAGACGGAUCUCCGGCUAAUACGGAGGAUGUCUUCUUAGAAGACAAUGUGCAGAACUAUGUGAAUGUUGAGCCGGACAAGCAACCCCCCAGACCCCCUCCCCCGCUCAUGACCAGGCGAGACACAAACAACGGACUGAGUAACUACAGCAAUCAGUCCGUGUCGACCAUGGAUCCGCAGGGGUGUCUGUACAUAACCGUAGACACAGGGUCAGUCUCCACACAGGCUGUCCCAGCCCCACCCGCUCCGGUCAGAGAGCAGCCACCCACGUACGCUGUGAUAGACAUCGCGAAGUCGGAGGCUCUGCAGAACACUCAGAGGGACCGUGUCAGCAGUCGUUAUGAGGAUAAUGACAAUGGCAGUCGCAAAACGCGGCACAACAGCACCUUCAACUAAUCCCCCUUCACCCCUUCAAGAAAGAGAUUAAUGUGUGGAUUUGUUAAUAUGUACAUGCUACCAAAGGGUAAUAAUUGUGUUAGUCUUCUAGUGAUAUUAACCAUUUUAUAAGGCCAUCUAAGAAAAACAGUUGUUUUCAUCAGUUUGUACAUGUAUUGCUUAGUUAAUACAUAUGUGUAUAUACAUGUACUUCGAUCAGUGGGUUUUUUACCCAGAUUUCUCCAUGCCUACAAAAAAAGAAGGUUGUUAAUUUUGUGAUUGAAUUGUAAGAUGGUAAGAUUUAAUGUUCAUAUUGACAUGAUGUUGUCUUUCAAACAAAGGUGUUGAGUUGUAUCUGUUUUUUUAUGCUUUAUGUGGAUAUUUUUUCUUCCCAAUUAUCCUCCCCCAUACAUGUGUUUAAAAAUGAAUUCAGUAUUUUUGUACAUUGUGUAUAUUGUUAUGAGUAUGAAUUUUUAUAGCAUUAAUUUUAUAAUCCAUUAUAUUUAUCAAUUAACUGUUCUUAAGGUUGUCCAUGUCUUCAUUUAUUGACUUUUCUUUCAACUGUCUUUCUGUGCAUCCAAAAUGAAUAAAUUGUGUAUUUCUUGUUCCAACUUAAAAAAUGAUUAUAGUCGAUAGUUAAGGAAAACAUUUUAUCUCAUUUUAAACUUUUCAUUAUUGAGUAAAUUUUGAAUUAAAUCUGAACGUAGCAUCUCAAAUACACUGGGCAAGACUUUAUUUUUUCAAAUUGAUGUCAUACAAAGUUCUGUUAAUGCAGAAAAGAUCAAUAUUUGGUUAUUUAAGAAUACUGGGUAAUUAAAUUCAAAAUGAUAACUUUGGGGCAAAUAUUUUGAUAAAAAUAUUAAAAGUGGUUACACUUAAUUAAGUUUCAUUUUAAGAACCAGAAUGACACAACUUUCCUUGGACUAAUUAGCCAAUUUCUUGUGAAUAAUAUCUACUGAAGGCUUUUUUUUUCAUCUUGAAGCAUUAGAACAAAGGAUUUUUAGGAAUAAUUUACAUAAAUUGGUGCAAUUUUUUUCCUUUUUUUGUAUUUUAAAGGUGUAUUGUUUUUCCUGUGGAGUAAUACAUGAUAAUUAUUUCCAAAAAAAAAAAAGGUUUGAAAAAUUUGAAAAUUGUAUUUUAAAUACAUGUAUAUGCAGAAAAACAAACAAAUGAAAUGAUUUUAAAAUGUGAACAGCAUUUUUUUUUUAUCAAAACUGUGAGUAUGUUAAAACUCUCAGGAAAGUAUAUAAUGUGAACAGAUUAUUGUUGAAUGUGUGUAGAUAAAUGUGUAGAAGUUUCACAUAGAACCCUUUAACUUAUUGCCAAACACAUGUGAACUAUAUGAGCAUUAUUCUUUAUGUGAAUAUAUAUUAUCCUUUGAUAAUCCUACAAAACAUUAGUGCCUUUCCAAUAAGAACUACACUGGAAAAAAAGAAAAACAAGCUACAAGUUCACUUCUUUUUUUAAAGUGAUUUUUUUUUACUUUUUACUAUGCUGCGUAAUUUGUGAUGAUACCCUUUUAUCACUUGUUAAUUCUGCAAAAUGUAACUCUUGAUUUCUUUCAAUGUUAUUAUUUUAUUUCUUCAUUUUUAGCUUUACUUUCUACCCUUUUUUAUUUUAAUUCAUUUAAUGUCAUCUCACAUAUCAUCUAGCGUAUCAAUAUUGUAUGUUAUCUUGGUCCAUUUUUGUAUUGGAAGCACAUCAGACUUUUCAUGACUUCAUGUAUUAUUUAUUUGAGUUUUUUAGCUCACCUGAGCUGAAAGCUCAAGUGAGCUAUUCUGAUCACAUUUUGUCCGUCGUCCGUCUGUCCGUCUGUCUGUCCGUCCGUCUGUAAACUUUUUACAUUUUGAACUUCUUCUCUAAAACCGCUUAUCCAAUUUCAACCAAAUUUGGCACAAAGCAUCCUUAUGGGAUGGCGAAUAUAAAUUGCAGAAAUAAAAGUACGAUCUGUAUUCAAAGCGGAGAAAACCUUGAAACUGUAGAAAAAGGGGGGUGCAUUUUUAAAAAUCUUCUUCUCAAGAACUACCGAGGCAAAUUCAACGUAGUUUAGCAUAAAUUAUCCUUAUGGGAAGGAAAAAAUAAAUUGCAAAAAUUAAGGUCUAAUUCAGUUUCAAAUCUGAGUUAUUACGAAAAUAAUGAUAAAGGAAAGGCGUGUUUCAGCUUCGGUUCGGUUCGGCAUCCGGUAAAAUGGGUAGGCAAGAUUUGGCCUGGUCAAAACAAAAGAUUGGCAGUUAUUAAUCUGCCAAUCUCAUUAAAAUUUCAGGAUAUUUGAUGGACCAGUUAUAUUUGUAUUCGCUGUAAAUAUUGCCGCAAAAUAAUGCGUAUUUGGAAUUGACGAUUGCCGAUCUACCCCGGUUUUUAUUUUGCCACGGCCCGGGUUUGCAUACCCAUUUUACCAAGACUCAUAUCCUAUACUUCUAAAACGAGGUUCUUUGUUUAAAGCAGCCAUGACAUUAUACGAAAAAGGGUCGAUCUGACUAUGAUGAAUUUGCUUGUUUAUGCAACAGUUCGUGUAUGAAGGGAAAUUUUUGAAACAUGCAAAAUAUAUUGGUGCCGAUUUUGUGAAGUAAAUUGAGGCUAAAUAUUUCAAUGCGUUGACAGAUUUCACACAUGACGUUGGUGUUAGCUUGUACUGAUUUUCGUUUCGUAUUCAUUAUUUAUGCUUUUUAAUUUAACCUGGGAACUCUCGUAUUUCGUGAUUUUUACAUAUCAAUUCAAACAGAGACUUCGGUAGAUCAAACAGUUAACUCUUUACCUGCGCAAAUUAAGCAAAAUCUGAUGUAUCAAAAAAGUACUGAAAUACAAUUCAUUCUAUCGGUAAUUCGGCAUUAUCUUUUGCGUAAUGGUAGAUUAAUGCAAUAGGUUUUGUUGAGAUCGAUGCUCGGCAUUUUCUCGAGUUUAUUCAGUUUAAAUAGAGUUUGAUAUCGCUGAAGGAAAUAUGUAAGUAUAUAUACAUGUAUAUAUAUGAUUCAUUUCGAAAAAAAUAAAUUGUGUUCUUUAUUUGUUAUAGUGCAUGCAUGUUUCUUGUGUUUAAUUGUUUACAAUUUCUAUUUACUAACCAUAUUUGAGUGUUAAGCUUCGAAUUAUAAGCAAUUAAGAUACAGAGAUUUGCUCACAAUUCUAUGUUUGUACACAGAUCUUAAAAACUAAAGAUUAAAAAAGUAAAAAAUUUGUCAAUAUUUAUUAAGAAAAUUUUCAAAGUCUGUUCUUCCAGAAACCAAUUUUAACAACUUAUUGUAUUGUAAACUUAACCUUUUUUCGUCAUUAUUACUCCUACUGUACAUGUGAUCCUUGACUGUGUUUGUGUACAUUUGUAUAAACUGAUUUUGAACCUUAAAUACCAAUUAAUGAACUGGUCUUGAGUGAAUAAAAGAAUUGAAAAUCUUAGGCCAUUCUUUUUUCCAUUUUAAAUGCUGAAUAGGAAAUACCAAGUUAAAAAUCUUAAGCUGAAUGUAAUAAAGUCAUGUCAACAAAAUAUGACUCAAACCUAGGGAAACUGUGAGCUCUGUAUCUUGCUUAUAAUUCUACGAUUGAUGCUGAAAUUUUGGUUGAACAUUAGAAAUUCUAUAUGAAUUAGAGUAUGUUAAAUACUUGUACAAAAAAAAUAAAAGAAUGAUAUUCUGUAUAUACCUACUCUCUGGGGUCCCCUCAUUAUACAAUAAAUAAUGUGAAAUCUACAUCAAUUUUGAUAGUUUUUCAGACACGAGUAAAUAAAAACGACAUCUUUAAAACAGUUUCCAUAGUUUUGACACAUUUCUGUUAUGGGGAUAAAAUAAUUAUCGCUAUUCCUAAGAAAAUAUCACAGUGGAAAAUUAUCUGGUUUGUACGCGAGGUAAAUAACAGUCAUUUAAUUAUAAUGGAAAACAAAUUAAU